AUUUUAAACACAUUUCCAAAUAUCAACCACCAACUACUCUACUCCCAAUUAUAAAUAAUAAAGCCCCACUUUCCAUACCUGCCUUACUAGAGAAAUGAAUUGAAUGGUUGAAGAAGAAGAAGAAGAAGAAGAUGGUGGAGUGGGGAAAAUGGAUGAUAGUUGUGGCAGCCAUAUGGAUACAAGCAUUCACAGGGACCAACCUUGACUUCUCAUCCUACUCAUCCCAUCUAAAGGCUGUGUUGGGAAUCUCACAGCUCCAGCUCAAUUAUCUCUCUGUGGCCUCUGAUUUCGGCAAGGCCUUGGGAUGGUGUUCUGGCCUUUUUCUUCUUUAUCUUCCUCUUGGGGCAGUCUUGUUCAUUGCUGCCUUACUCGGUUUCUUCGGUUAUGUUCUUCAAUGGCUUCUCAUUCGGGGAACCAUCUCCUUGCCCUAUUCUCUGGUGUUCCUUCUAUGUUUGUUGGGAGGUUGCAGCAUAUGUUGGUUCAACACAGUGUGCUUAGUGUUAUGCAUCAGAAGCUUCCGCACCAACACAGCGCUUGCCCUGUCUCUCACAAUCAGCUUCAAUGGCCUUACUGCAGCUCUCUACACCCUCAUUGCCAAUGCAAUAGAUCCCAAUGAUGACACCCUUUAUCUCUUCCUCAAUGCAGUCAUCCCGCUCCUCACGUCCGUCGCGGCGCUCGCCGCCAUUCUCCACCAACCUCCUCCUCAGCCUGUUCCCACCAGCGCUGUCCUUCGCAGGGAUUCCUUUAUUUUUCUUUGCCUAUACAUUGUGGCUUUCAUCACUGGUCUCUAUCUCCUUUUCCUCAAUUUCCUAUCGUCUAACGCAGUCAGAGCUCGUAUUCUCCUAGUUGGUGCUAUAUUUCUCCUAAUCCUACCCUUAUGCCUGCCCGGCAUUGCAUAUGCCAGGGACUGGACUCACCAUAACAUAAACUUCUUCUCCCGUUCCAUUGACCCUGAAGAGCUAGAGCUUAAGAGGAAACUUAUAGAAAGUGAUGGUGAUGUUAACCAUCUCAAUGGCAUUACAAAGGAACUUAUGGAAAGUGACAGUAACAAUCUCAAUGGCAUGACCUGCAUUUCACAUGGGGUUAACGAAUAUAAGGAAAGCUGCUUCGGGAAAGUAAUAGAGAAAGAUAUGCUAAGAGUACUAGGAGAAGAGCACCCAGCUCGAGUACUAGUUGGUCGUUGGGAUUUUUGGUUAUAUUAUGUCACAUACUUAUGUGGAGGGACAAUUGGAUUGGUAUACAGCAACAAUCUCGGGCAGAUUUCUCAAUCGCUGGGAUACUCUUCUCAAACAAGUUCCCUUGUCACGCUCUACUCCUCUUGCUCCUUCUUUGGUCGGUUGCUCUCCGCUGCCCCAGAUUUCCUCCGUGACAAGGUCUAUUUUCCAAGGACAGGUUGGCUAGCCAUGGCCAUAGUGCCAACACCCAUUGCCUUAUUUUUGCUGGCGGGGUGGGGCAACGAGGCAGUGUUGCGCAUUGGGACGGCCCUGAUAGGGGUCAGCUCUGGGUUUGUGUUCUCGGCAGCAGUGUCAAUUACAUCGGAGCUUUUUGGGGCAAACAGCGCAGGGAUCAACCACAACAUACUCAUUACCAACAUUCCUAUUGGGUCACUGCUAUACGGCAUUCUUGCGGCUGUGGUGUAUGAUUCAAACCAAGGAAUGUCAAAUGAAAUGAGCUCAUUGCAAGAAGCAACGCUCUGCAUUGGUAGAAAGUGUUUUAAGGAGACGUUUUUGUGGUGGGGUUGUUUCUCCAUUAUGGGUUUAGCUUCAAGUUUCUUGCUUUUCAUACGGACAAGACACUGUUAUGAUCGGAGACAGCUCGCGUUUUAGAAAAGGAAGACGAUUCAACCAAAUUCAGAAGAUACUCAUUCAAAUAUGGUAUUAAAUGGAUCUACGGAGAAUGUGAUAUGAAAAUGAAGAUCAAAGUCAAAAUUAGUAAAGAACACAUACAAAAAAACUUUUUUUUUUCAAUGACCAGCAGAUUGUUUGGGU